AUGUCCAUACUUUAUGGAAAUUAUAAUAAUAAUAAUAACAAUAAUAAUAAUAAUAAUAACAAGUGUAAUAAUAAUUGCUUAAUAAAUCUAAAUAAAAACUAUUUUUAUAUAAAUACAAAAAAUAAUAAAAGAAAUAGACAAUUAUUUAGAGAAGAUGAAAUAGAUGGUGGUAGAAUAGACCCAAAACAUAUUAAAACAUCACCACCAAAGCAACUUAUUUUAUCAAUAUCAGAAGUUUUUGAAAAAGGAGUCGAAUUAACCUAUGAACAACUUAGUGGAUAUCAAAAAUCAAUAGAUCAACAUAUCAGAGCCACAUCAUUACCAUUAGAAGUACAAUUUAAAUUACAACAGUAUAAAAAAGACAUUCAACUAAUAAUAGAAACAAAAAAAUAUAAAGAAAGUUUAGCUUUACUCAGUAAAAAAAAAAUUGUAUUAGAUAACCACAUAGAUUAUAUUUAUAAUGAUUUAUUAGAAAAACAAUACAAACUUUUAAAUAAAAACAAUAAAACCACAUUAUAUAAUAAUAAUAAUAAUAAUAAUAAUAAUAAUAAUAACAAUAAUAAUUAUUCCAAUGUAAAUAAUAUUGUACAAUUACCAUUAUAUAUUCAAAAAAAUAUAAUAAAAAUGCUCUGUAAUUAUGUAAAUAGAAUAUCUUAUAAUAAAAAUAUGAUAAAGCAUAUAAAAAGACAAAACAAAUGCUUUAAUUUAGUGGGCUCAUUAGCAUUGGUAUGCUGGAAGUGGUUCAACUGUGUUUCCGAUAAUAUAUAUGUAAUGAUCGACCUAAACUGUACAUUAAAUCCUGAAAACUCUCUAACAAAAAUCAUCAAUGGAACAUUAAAACCAUACAAUAGACAAGUUAAUAAUCAGCCCUUUAUAAUUGAAACCAUAGUUUCAAAAAUAGGAAUAGGGAAAACCUCAUUUAUAACCAAUCAAAUACAACCAAACAACAAUCAAAACAACAAUAAUAACCCAAAUAAUCAGAAUCAAAAUCAAAACAAUAAUUUAAUAAUUAAUAAUUUAAAUGAAACAAUUACAAAAUAUAAUAUUAUAAAAUUCGAAAAUGUAAAUGUUUUAAAACUAUACAAACUAUAUAUAGAUAUUGAUAAAAAUAUAGAUUUAAUAAAUAAAUUUUUAGUUCAACUUCCCAACCUUAAAGAAAUAGCUAUUUUAAAUUCAGAAGAGAAUUAUCAAAUAAACUCAUUAUCAAAAUUAAAUUUUCAUGGAAAAAUAGGAAUUGGGCAUUUUUAUUUAAAAGAAACUUCUAGAAUCCCAUCAGUUAUAUCUAAUAUAGACAAAAUAUCAGUAGUACAUACAGCAACAAGUCCAGACCUAAUGUUUUAUUUCCUACGUAGAUUUAAACCAUCAGAAAUUAGAGUUUUCAAUAAUACCAAAAUUCCUUUUCACAGAUUAGCAGAAGAUGACAAAAAUGAUUUAUACGAUUAUGAUUUUGAAUCAAAGGUUUUAAUAAAUGUAGAAAAUAAUAGUUCCAACGGUUACAGCAACAACAAUAAUAAAAAUAAUAAUGCCAAUAAAACAAUAGAUAGAAAUAGAAUGUUUAACAAACAACUAAUUGCAAGCAAUUUAUUAAAUAAUAAGAAUCUAAAUAUUGGACAAUGUUUUUCCGAACUCAAGUCAUUAGAAUGUCACCAUACUGCAAUUUCUCUAACCGAUUUAAGUGCUGUUUUAAGCGCUUCUCCAAAUUUAAGAAGUUUAAAUAUUUGCCUAUGUAUAGAAUCCAUUGCACAUUAUACAACUAACGGUAAACAUCCAAAAUGUACUUUUCACAACUGUAAAAUGAACAACAUUUAUCAACGCGAAGAUGUACUUUACUACUGGAAAGCCAUUGGCAACACUUUAUCAAAAUUAAAAUAUUUAAAUUCAAUUUGCAUUCAACAUCGUUGUAAUAGAAUACACAAAUUACAUGUAGAUUUUAUAAUUGACCUUGGUUCAAUGUUACAAGAUUGUAUGCCUUUAAAAACUUUAAAUAUCAACGGUUUAACAAGCGAUAUACAUAUUGACUAUUAUAAAUUUGAUAAUAGAAAAUAA